UUGCGCAUGCUUAGUGAAGUGACGCCGUCCAUGUGUGUAAGCGGCUCAUUAUUUGGCAACCGUAGAGGCAGCGGGCAGGAGAGGGGAUCCCCGGGAUUUUUUUUCAUCGAAUUACUGGCGUAAAUAGUCAGUCAAAACAAGUAAAGAACUCAAGGGAACACGCUGCUUUGGAUCAUUUUCUUCGUGGAGCCAUGUCGGAGGAGGCGGUGCGUCUGACGCGCAGCCAGAAGCGCGCCCUGGAGAAGGACGUGGCGUCGCCCGGCAGCCCCGGGGACGCCGACCACAAGAGGGUGAAGCUGGAGGAAGGCGACCCCGCCGAGGGAGGCGAGGCGGGGGCCUCGGGGGGGGCCGGGGAAGGAGACGCAGGGCCGGAGAAGGCCAAGGAGGGGGCCGAGGGGGCGAGCGGCCUGCAGGCCUCCGGGGAGGUGAAGGCCACCAUCAAGGUGGAGGUGCAGACCGGAGACGAACCUGUGGACAUGAGCACGUCCAAGAGCGACAUUAAGAGCGAGAAGCAGCCUCCGUCGCCUGAUGAUGUCAUCGUGCUGUCGGACAACGAGCCGUCCAGCCCGCCGGUGAACGGCCUGAGCCACUGCUUCAAGAAGACCGACACGGACAAACUCAUGAAGAGCAGUCCAGAGGAGCGGGAGCGCUUCAUCCAGCAGCUGAAGGAGGAGCUGCGCUUGCAGGAGGCCAGACUGGUGCUGCUGAAGAAGCUCCGGCACAGUCAGAUCCAGAAGGAGCCCACGGCUCCCAAGACGCAAGGUUCAGGUACAAGCAGAAUCACCCACCUGAGAGCCGCCCGCAGCAGCCCCGCGGGCCAUCUGAAGAGCCCGGCUGGUCCUGGAAGAGCCUGA